AUGGGGCUUCUCCCGGUGCUUAAAUCUGGAAAGAAGCCAAAAAAAGGAAUGUGGUAUUCGUUGGUACCAAGUGGGAGGUCCCCGGAUGUUAGCGUUGGACACACCUGUACAUUCUGGCCAGGGGAUGGAGGCAAUGGAAAGGUCCUCCUAGUUGGUGGAGCAAAUCCAAAUGGUAGCUACUCGCAUACUAAUGCCAUAAAGAUGGAAGAUCUUCAGUGGCACACGUUACCUUGGGAGGGCUUGAAGGCUCGGUAUGAGCACUGCAUGUUUGUUCCUAGGAGCCCACCACAGAGUUUGUGGGUGUUUGGGGGUGCUGAGCAAAGUAGAAACCAUAACUGCAUCCAGAAAAUAAAAGUAGCAGAAAGCAAGGCCCAAUGGGAGGAGGUCACAGUAAUGGGCGAGCCCCCAAGUCCGAGGACAUAUCACACCAACUCAGCCUGUGCAGGGGCCUUACUAUAUGUAUUUUGUGGUGGGGAAGCAGGAGCAUCACCGAUACAGGACCAAAAACUUCAUAUCUUUGAUACUGUUUCUUCCACGUGGACACAGCCGGAAACACAAGGUCCAACACCGCCAGUCAGACAUGGACAUGUUAUAGUGGCAGUCGGCUCGAAGAUCUACAUUCAUGGUGGCAUGGCGAACGAUGAUUUCUUGGAUGAUAUGUACACUAUUGAACUAAGUAAUAUGGCAUGGCAAUUGGUGCAGCCCAUAGGAGAUGUUCCACCUGGUGUGGCUGCCCACUCGGCAAUGGCCCUCGGCAAAAACAUUUACAUCCUUGGUGGGCUGACUGCCAACGGAGCUAGCAAUUCCAUGUACAUGUUCAACACAGAGAAAAAUUCAUGGACCCAAAUGAAAUUUGAGGGUGAUUUGCCACAGAGCCGUCUGGACCAUUGCAUGUGUUUGCUACCGUGGAAGGUGGAGGAAGUAGAAAAUAAAGCUGGAGCACAAUCAGACACUCAGACUACAGCUCCUGAACAGACUGUUUACUUGGCUUUUGUAUUUGGUGGGAUGGACACGCAGGGUGUCCUAUAUAAGGACUGUUUUGUAACUGUGGUCACAUGA